UGAGUCUUCUGACCCCUCCGGUGACUUUCUCUUUCUUCCUUGCUUCCUUCUGCUCAACCUUUCGGAUCAAUUGCAGCUCCUCGUGAUCCUCAGUCUGGACGACGUGUGUGCGGCGCGUGCCAUCGUGACUGGCCUACUAUUACUUACUAGUACUUACUGCCUGGCCCUCAUCCUGGCCCUCCCCUCAACUUAACCCCAACAUUGAUCUUGUCCACAACACGAUACCACCCUUCUUAGAGCUUCUCUCCCACGGAGCAUCUCCUGAACAUGCCCUCAACCAUGGCCUCAUCACAUCCCAGCCCCGUCAAAGACGGCAGGCGAAUUCUCGGGGAAAAGCCCGCCAACGCGUGCCUGUCCCCGGCCCACCAUCGGCACGCUUCUGUCUCGCCCCUCAAACGCCCUUUCCUGGAGACGCCCUCCUCUCCCAAGAAACUGCUUCGCUCGCCGUUGUUCGCGGGCCAGAAACGUUCCAUCGACCAGGUGGAUAGCGAGGCCCCGAGUAGCACCCAACCCAGCGCGCCGGCCCCGUCGCGGCCAGACGCAUCUCAGGAUGUGCAGGAUGACAUCCAGCAGGACUCUCCCCAGACCCUAUCGCAAUCCCACGCGACGGAAUCAGAAACACUACUGCUCGAUUCGGACAAACAACAACAACACCACCAAGAUACCCACCCCGUCUCACCACCACCCACCACCACCGCAGCAGCAGUAACAACACACUCCGACCCCCCUGCCAAUGACCCAGCAUUUCGCAAACGCUUCAUCCAAGAGAAAGCAACCCUCCUCCGCACCCGCCUCCAAACCGCCAUGCGCCACAUUCACGACCCCCAACUCGACCGCCGUCUCUCCGACCUCGAAGCCCACAGUCGCAAAUACCCCCGUCUGUCCCUCCCCCAUGAACAACGCUCCACCGCCGCCCAAUCCUCCUCUGCCUCUUCUUCCAAUUCGAAAACGAAUCCCGGCUUGACGACCCCCCGCGUUACCCAAUUCACCUCACAUAUUACCCCCUCCGCGCCCUCGUCGGCAUUGCACGUCUCAGGCCUCUCCUCGCCGCCCCUAUCCACCACGCCGGUUGCUUCUCAAGCAGACCAACAACCACACCCCGAACAAGCACGGAAAGAGGAAGAGGAGGAUGAAGACGAGGACCCCAUGAAAACACCCACCCAGAAAUCCCACCAUCGGAUACCAUCCCCUAUGCAAUUGAGUAGUCCGCCAGCAACGGUGUCAAGACGGAGAAGUACGCUUACUACGGAGGAGAUGGUGCGUGUGGACGAGGAGGUAGAAGUCGAGACAGAGAUGGCAGGUGAUGAGGAAAUGGACUCACACCCCGAGGAGAGACAACGUCGGUUAUCGCAAAAGGGGGAUGCAGUGGAUGGGUUGUUGAAGUUGAUGAAGACGGGGGAUCAAACCCCGAAGCAAAAUCAGAGUGAGGGGUUGGAGGUUUGGAGUGGGUGAUGCUUUCACUAUCGUUUUGGCGGGAGGAGGGGGUGGUGGAUUAGAAGUUGUAUCGUAUCAUGCAUGGAUGGAUCUUAUAUAGAUGGUAGAUGGGAAGGGCUGAUACAUACAAGUAGAUCCCAUUGCUG